UUGUUGUGUCUUAACUGGGACACUUCAGCAGGCCACCACUCCCCUCUGUUCCGGUCUGACAGAGACUGCGCGAGGGAGAAUAAUGGGGACCAAGAUGAUUAACACGCUGCUAAUAAGCGUUGCGGUGGUGCUUUUCUGUGCAAAAAACGCUCUUGGUAAUGGAACUACAUGUAAUUUUGAUGGAUCCUUAUGUGGGUACUCGUUGUCUGCAGAUGAAGAUAGAUUUAAAUGGCAACAGAUUGGCAAAAAUAAGGGAUUACCAACUGAAGAUCACACAAUUGGCACAAAAGGUUCUAACGGACAGUUCCUUACAGUCAAGUGGAGAAGUGGUACUGCUGGAAACCAGAAAUCAAUUAUAACAUCACCACGUAUUCCUCAGACAAAUGCUCCUUGCAGUAUAGGAUUUUAUUAUUACAUGAACAGUGACCAAAUAUCAUUAACCGCACACGUGAAAACAGUAUCAACGCAACAGACAAAACAAAUAUGGGCCCACCAAGUAAAAGGUGAUGGUUGGACAUACAGUGGACCGAUUGAUAUCUCUUCUUUCUCCAACUUAGGGGACUUUCAGGUUUUUUUAUACAUAUUUCUAUUCACUAUUCAGGUUCUGAUUCAAGCCCAAAUAAAGCCUGGUUAUGCUUUUAGUAAGGUCGUAUCCAUCGACGAUGUAACAUUCACUGGCUGUGGCAAUGGCGCAGGCCCUGUUAAUCCAACCUCAUCAACAACUCUUAAAACUACGACCACGCCUUCCACCACAUCUAGUACGACAACUUCGAUGAAAAUUACUACCUCGAUGCCAACUUCUCUUUCGGAUUAUGGGUCACCGUGCAACUUUGAUGGCAGCCUGUGUGGUUAUUCUUUGACUUCCGAUGAAGAUAGAUUUAAAUGGCAGAAGAUAGGAAAUAACAAAGGAUUUCCUACCGAAGAACACACAAAUGGUCAUAUAUUUGGGUCAAAGGGAGAAUUUCUCACAGCCAAAUGGACAAGUGGUAAAGCUAACGGCCAGAAAGCAACCAUAUUAUCACCGGUUAUUUCACAAACAAGUACUUCGUGUAGCAUGGAGUUUUAUUAUUACUUAAACACCGACCAAAUAACACUAACAGUUUUUGUAAAAACGCUAUCAACAAAUCAGAAAAACCAGAUGUGGGUCAAUAAAGGCAUGGCGCCAUCUUGGACAAGUAGUGGAUCCAUUGAUAUCAGUUCUCUUUCUAACAAAGGGGACUUCCAGGUAAUGAUUCAAGCUCAACUGGGAACCAACUAUUUGUUUUCCUUUUCCAAGGUGGUAUCCAUUGACGACGUUUCUUUCAGUGGCUGCAAUUGUGCCAUUCCUCCAUGCAAAGGGUUUGGAGCUCCAUGUACAUUCGAUGGAGCCAUGUGCGAUUACACCGUCACUGCGGACAUGCCAGACAGUUUCAAGUGGCUGAUGGUCGGUAUGAAUAAAGGUCUCCCAACAGAAGAUCAUACCAUAGGGAGAGUAUUUGGUUCUAAAGGACAAUUCAUGAUGGCAAAGUGGUCGAGGGGAACAUCCGGCCAACAAACCACAAGUAUGACGUCACCGGUAGUAUCUCAGACAAAUCGACCUUGUUCCAUGUCGUUCUUCUACUAUUUCAACAGUGACGACAUAAGUUUGGCUGUGUAUGUACUAACUUUGAAUCUAGUUCAACCAAACAGGAUUUGGUACAAACCAGGCAAUGGAGCCACCAAUGGUUGGGAGUCGAGUGGUGUUUUAGAUCUUAGUCAGUUCUCUUCUGGGGGACGAUUCCAGGUCCGGAUUCGAGCACAAAUGAAACCAGGUUUUACCUUUGGCAAGAUCGUCUCUGUUGAUGACGUAUUUUUCUCCGGAUGCGAUUGUUCUACUCCACCCUGCACAGUACCAGCAGUGAUUAACACGCCCUCCCCAAGCUCUUCAGUGUCCACGACCGUCACAUCUGCUGUGCCCGUAGUAUCAGAGCCAGAUUUAGGAUUGGGGGCUCCAUGUACAUUCGAUGGCUUUGAUUGUGGUUAUUCAGUGGCAUGGUCCAGUGCAAAUUACAAGUGGCAGAGGACCGGUGCUAAUAAAGGCAUGCCUAACUAUGACCACACAGUGGGGAGUGUUUUGAAUGACUUUGUGACUGCCAUCUGA